CCAUAUUUGUUCUUUUAUUGACGUGCUGUCAAAACAACAAUACAGCACGUGUAAAAAUGCGUAUUGAAACAUGUUAUUUCUGCUCGUCCAGGAUAUAUCCUGGACACGGCAUACAAUUUGUGAGAAAUGACUGCAAGAUUUUCAGAUUUUGUCGAUCAAAAUGCCAUGCAGCAUUCAAAAAGAAGAAGAACCCGCGUAAAACCAAAUGGACUAAAGCGUAUCGUAAGACAGCUGGCAAGGAAUUGGCUAUUGACCCAUCGUUUGAGUUUGAAAAGCGUCGUCACGUACCACUUAAGUACAACAGAGAAUUAUGGACCAAGACCAUAGAAGCAAUGAAGAAGGUAGAGGAGAUACGCCAGCGUCGCUCUAACAAUUACAUAAUGCAGAGAUUAAGGAAAGGAAGGGAAGUGGAGUGGCAGAGGGACGUACGGGAAGUACAGAGGGAUAUAUCUCUUAUCAGAUCACCCGCAGCUGGUCUUAAACAAAGAUUGAUGCAAGAGGAGACAGAAAUGGAAGUUGAGCCUGAAACCAUUGAGGUGGUGGACGCCAAAGGUCGGAAGCAGGUCAUCGAGGCACCCGUCAUGGUGCCCGCUACUGGAGAAAUGAUUGAAGAAGGCGGAGAAGUAGAAUUAUAAGAGAAAAAGGUUCAAAACAUCUUUGAAUAUAUUGCACAAGAGAUUUUUGAUAUCAUGAAAUGCAAGAGAGAGUUUUUGAAUGGAGUUAAUGCAUUUGAAUUUUAUGUACCUACACAAUAAAUUCGAAAAUAAGCAUAUUACUUCAUUUUUCAUAUUGAACAUUUACGUAUUAGUUUCCAAUACCUAGUGUUCGCUAAACAUUUAAUUUAGAAAAUUUAUUGUCUCUUUAUAUACUUAGUUUCAUAUUAUAAUAAAUAUUGAAAUAGCAGUUAACUUAACAAAUCAUUGAAAAUUGUAUGCCAAGAUUAUACCAUGUUUGUACAGAAAA